UAAUAAUAAUGCUCAAUGCUCAGUCUAGAUAUAUUAUGUCUAUGGUCGGCUCAGUGAGAGACUGAGAGCCGAGAGCCAAGAACAAGACAAAGAAGAAGCCAUAUGGCGGUAUACAACCGAUUACAACCUACGUGGAGCUGUUACUCCAAUUACGUCAAUCUUGUUACCUGUCGAAGUGUGUCAACAUACAAUGGUAUCGAAUUACUUUCGAGAUGUCGUGAGCGUUAAGUAUAAUCGGAAACAUGAUAGACAUAUCGAAUACGGCACCGCUGGUUUUAGAACGAAGUCGGAUAUUUUGGAGCAUGUUUUAUACAGAAUGGGUCUGCUAGCUGUAUUACGAUCCAAAGUAAAAAAAGCUGCUGUAGGUCUAAUGAUUACCGCAAGUCACAACUUAGAACCUGAUAAUGGUAUCAAGCUCGUCGAUCCAGCUGGUGAAAUGCUCGAGACUUCUUGGGAAACGAUAGCGACUGAUUUAGCAAAUGUGCAGGACUGUGAAGUGAUAUCAAUGUUGACCCUUAUAUCCACAAGGGAAAAUAUCGACUUGUUGGUACCGGCCACAGUGAUAAUAGGAAGGGAUACUCGCCAAAGUGGUCCUAGCCUGUUAAACGCUGCGCUAGCGGGGAUCAGAGCUUUACAUGGAAACGUUAUGGAUUUAGGAUUGGUUACUACUCCGCAAUUACAUUACGUCGUGGUGUGCACCAACACUAAUGGUACCUACGGCAAUCCUACAUUGCAGGGCUACUAUUCAAAACUGGCUGCCGUGUUCAAAAGCAUACGAGGUACCGAGACAAAUAACAGAAAGUACACGAACGCAUUGCAGUUAGAUGCGGCGAAUGGCGUUGGUGCUAUCGCGGCGAAGGAGUUUCAGAGAUACUUGGUGGGUGUGCUAGAUAUCAAGCUAUUUAACGACGGAAGCAGGGGCUUGAAUUAUAUGUGCGGCGCAGAUUACGUUAAAGUACAACAGACACUGCCUUUGAGUAUCCCAUUCGAGACAAAUAUCAGAUGCGCCAGCAUAGAUGGGGACGCCGAUAGAGUGGUAUAUUUCUACAUAGACAAGAAUAACAAGUUUCGUCUCUUGGACGGAGAUCGAAUAGCGACACUGGUGGCCGCAUACUUUAAGGAACUAUUGGAAACAAGUGGCUUACCUUUACAAUUAGGCUUGGUGCAAACUGCAUACGCCAAUGGUGGCUCAACCAAUUAUAUUUCAAAUGUAUUGAGAGUCCCGGUGGCAUGCGUACCGACUGGCGUAAAACAUUUGCACAAGAGGGCACUGGAAUUUGACAUUGGAAUCUACUUCGAGGCAAAUGGACAUGGCACUGUUAUCUUCAAGGAUAUCGUUAAGGAAACCAUUAAGCAGCAUGCCGAGAACGAAAGGCUUUCGGCGGCACAAAGAGUGGCCUCUACAAAAUUGAGGGAUGUAAUAGAUUUGAUAAAUGAAACGGUCGGUGACGCGUUGAGCGACAUGCUGCUAGUCGAGACCAUAUUGCACGCUAAGGGCUGGGAUAUUGUCGAGUGGGAAAGAAGUUACGACGAUCUCCCGAAUAAGCAACUCAAAGUCCAAGUAAAGGAUAGAAAUGUUAUAACAACAACAGAUGCAGAAAGACGUUGCUUGACUCCCGUUGGCUUGCAAAAAGAGAUCGACAAGAUUGUCUCCAAAUAUCCAAAUGGUCGAUCUUUCGUCAGGCCCUCUGGAACUGAAGAUAUCGUGCGAGUUUAUGCAGAAUGUGAAAAUUCAUCGGACGUUGAAAAACUAGCCGUAGGAGUAGCCUCUCUCGUGUACAGGUUUGCGGGCGGUGUUGGACCAGAACCUAAUUUGUCGUGAUAAGAUUGAAAUCAACCAUAUAUGGUUAUAUAUAACCAGAAAAUAACGCUCAGAUGUUAUACUCGGUGCUAUGUGGCGAAUUUGAUAUAUAUUGACUCUGUUUUAGUGCUUAAAGACUAUAGAUGAAGAUAUUUUGAUGUAAAAUAAGUACUUUGAUUUCAUAAAAUAUGCAAUAUAUGUUUAUGCUACAAAUGUGAUGAAAUACUAAUAUUUUAUCGGUCAAGAAAUUUAUAUUUUAUUAUUAACAGAAAACAGCGAAGUAAUGGGCUACAAGUCUUGUCUGCACAUUAUAUUUUAACUUCGAUAUG